AUGUACCCAACAAACCUUCUUGAGAUUUCAUCCAAGAAAUUGGAAGCAUGCACCAACAAUUUCAGUCAGAACAAUCUCAUUGGCUUGACACAGUUUGGUAGAUGGUUUAGAGGCUACCUUGAAGGUCAACAUUUCAAUGGUUCUGUUUUGCAGGAGGAAGUCAAAUUUUGGACAAAUCCAACAUUGAAAGGUUACCCCAAUUUGGUGACGUUGAUCGGUUAUACUUUGGAGAGAGAUGUAAAGGGACUUGUGUAUGAUCUCAAUCCACUUGAUACUUUGGAUAACUUGAUAAUGAAAGAUAAGCUGAAUUGGCUUCAGAGAAUCAAUGUAAUUCAUGAACUUGCAAAGUUUCUGAAAUUCAUUCAUGACCAGGAGAAGCAAAAUAUGGUGUUGAAUUUCAGUGCAUCUCAUAUACUUCUAGACAAGGAUUACAAGCCAAAAUUAUUUGAUUUGCUGUUGUUUAGCGAAGUGAAAAUGCUAAAAGAACAAUUAACAAUGUCAACUGGCUACAUCGAUCCUUACUUUUCUCUAAGGGGUGGUGAAUGGGAUAGAAGCUGUGAAGUGUUUUCAUUUGGCAUUGUUUUGCUUGAACUAGUAACCAAAAGAGUUUCAUUCAUUGAGAAGAGAGAACAUGCAAACUUAAACUUGGACAGUGUGUUACACAUUUGGGCCAAGAAGGAAUACAAGCCCAAUUGUUCUCUAGUCCACGAAAAUCUGCAGAAAGAUUGGUGUUACUGUGCAGAAGAUGGUGUUGAGAUGACUCUUCUGGCAGUGCAGUGCAUAGAAUUUUUUCCAUCAAACCGUCCAACAAUGAGGGAUGUCUUGCAGAGGCUAGAUAAUCUUUUGGUGUUGCAACGUUUUGCUGAUGCUAGAGCAACAAAAAGGGAAAAACAACUCAUUUUAUUAUGAUACAAAAGCUUUUGUAUGCCAAAAGAAUGCAUAUAUAAAUAUGUUAACAGCUUUUCCUAACUUUACUGCAUUGAUAUAUAUAUUAGAAUGAAAAGGAAUUCCUAGAGGAAAUAUAUUCUUAUUGAAGC